AUGCCUCUUGACUCUAAACUGAAAGCUUCGCGUAAAGCGGCAUCGGAUCGCUCGAGAAAGUUUGAACAUUCGGAGCCAAUACCGUUAGCCGAGGACUCUGACUCUGAUUUUAAUCCGGGCUCUUUCACGUACGAGCCUCCUAAGAAGGGCAAAAAAGACAAACGCGUCAAAGUUUCCGCAGGCACGUCAAUUAUCUCACACAGGAAACACAAGUUGCGAAGAGAACACCAAACAGCAAUAGCGAAGAGCUCAGGUUCCAAAUUAGUAACAACUACUAAUCCAUUACUAGAAUACUUUGCAACUCUGGAUCUGCAUUCAGCGUCGGAAGAUGAAAAUCAAACAGACAACGAAGAGCCGUCAUCUGAAGAUGAGGCUGGAUCCGCAGAGGAGAAUGUACAAGAUAUUCAGCCUGGCACAAUGCUUAGAACAUAUACUGCUCUUAUGCGACCAUCUGAAGCGACCAGACUCCGAGAUCAUAAGAAUGCACGGUCGGAAACGGAACCCGAGUCCGAGCUUGAAUGCACUACAACUUCUACCGCUCUCAAGCGCAAAUCCCCAGAGUCACCAUUCACUAUCGUCCAGCCUCAGUCGAAGAGACUGAGAUUCGAGAAUUCAGACAACUCUGUCACUGAAUCUGAAUCAGAGUUAGAGCUAGCUCCUGCCAUAGAAGGUCGAAAUAGAUCAGCAGUCCAUGUCAAGGAUUACGGACAGGCUACAAAAUCAGGACCAAAAACCACGAAAUCUACGGAUACUGCUUCCGAUACCGAAUCAGAUAGUGAAGCAGAAGUAGUACUUCACCGAUCCCUCGAGCCAAAACCGGCAUUUAAGCUUAAGCUCGAUCAGCAGACUACUGGGCCACUAACCCUUGACAACUCUCACAGCGUCCCGGCUCAGAUAAAUACGUUCCUGAGGGAUUAUCAACGUGAAGGAAUUCGAUUCUUCUUCGAGCGAUACAAAACGCGGCGCGGUGGAAUACUGGGGGAUGACAUGGGAUUGAAGAACGGAGAUAAACGUGACAUUGACCGCCGACGAAAGCACGUCUCACGCCUCCAAGACGAAGAUCCAAGCUGGAAACGAUCACGGACUCUACCUCCUGCGAACGACACAUGGCCGACAUGCUUGAUUAUUUCCCCGAGUUCUGUUGUUGGUAAUUGGGAGAGAGAAUUUGAAACUUGGGGAUAUUUCGAAGUCGGGAUAUAUACUGGUCUUCCAAAGGAGCGUGCAGACGUGUUAAGGGAUUUUAAGAUGGGAAGGCUAGAUGUCGUGGUGACAUCAUUUGAGACUGCCCGCAAUGAUAUUGCACUUCUUGACGAUCUGGCCUGGUCAUGUAUAGUCAUAGAUGAAGUACAUCGUGUCAAGAAUCCACGCUCGGCCCUCGCUGCAGCGUUCAGCCGAUUUAUAUGCACUAUAAGGUUUGGUCUUACAGGGACCGCAAUCCAAAAUUCUUUCCAGGAAUUUUGGACCAUCCUUGAUUGGGCAAAUCCGGGGAGUGUUGGGACGAAAAAUCAAUGGGAAGGAUUUGUUUCCAGACCAUUGACUGUCGGACAGAGCAAGUCCGCUACAGAAGAGCAGCGUACCAAGGGAAUUCUCGUCGCUCAAAUAUUGACAGACAAGCUGUUACCAAAAUUCUUCCUCAGACGUACCAAGGAUAUCAUAAAAAACCAGCUGCCUGGGAAGGAUGAUCAAGUCGUCUUCUGUCCUUUGACUGCGACGCAAAUUGAGGUUUACAAGCGAAUUCUGAAUAUGGAGCCGGUCCAGAACAUGAUGCGGAAAGAUGAGCCCUGUGAUUGCGGGUCUAAAGAAAAGAGAAGGAAGUGCUGCCACCCAUUCGAUCGGGGUGAUUUGUUCAGAUACCUUGUCACGCUUAUCAAAAUAUCCAAUCAUCUGGCCUUGAUUUUGCCUUCGCCCUCCGAUACGCCGGAGCAGACUGCUAGGAAUCGAGAGCUGUCCCGGAUAGCGUUCGGGAACGAGACUAUUCCAAAAUAUGGUCCAUCUAUCCUUACAUCGAGAUUCUGUGGUAAAUGGACGGUUCUAGAAUCUCUGCUGGAGGAUUGGAAGAAGGACGCCUUGAAUAAGGUCUUGAUCUUUACCAAGUCGAUCAAAUUGCUUGAAAUGCUCGAAUUUCAUCUAAGAUCGCGAAGUGAGAUUUUACCGCAAUUUACCGCAAAUGCGGCGGAUGACGUUGAUGCAUCUAAUCUGCUAGACACCGGCUAUGUAAAGUUAGACGGAUCGACCAAAGCCAGUGACCGUAUGUCACUGAUCGACAGAUUCCACGAAGAUCCACAUGUAUCCGUAUUCUUGAUUUCCACAUUGGCUGGUGGAACAGGACUCAAUUUAACUGGGGCAAACAAAGUCACCCGAAUUGGAGUCAGUUUACUCUUCUACCCAGCGCAUGAUUUGCAAGCUAUAGAUCGCGCAUACCGAUUCGGACAAACGCGAUCUGUAUCCGUGUUCCGACUGCUCGGAGCAGGAUCAAUCGAAGAGCUGAUUUAUGCCCGACAAGUCUACAAACAACAACAGAUGCAGGUCGGGUAUAAUGCGAGCUUUCAAACAAGAUAUUUCGAGGGUGUUCAAGGGGAGAAGUCCAAGCAGGGAGAACUAUUCGGUUUAAAGAAUAUCUUUACUCUACACGAGUCUGCCCUUGCGACCAAAAAAGCGGUUGAGAAAGCGGUUUUAUCCGACUUCAAUUGGGCGCUUGCCAAUGUCGAUGCGAACAAAUCAGGACUGAAAACGAAGCAUGCCGCAGAGGCAAACGCCAAAGAUGACGAUAACCUUCGUGGCCUUGAUACUCUCCUUUUUGAUGACGGAAUACCGGAAGUCGAGAAAAAGGACGACGGCAUCCAGAAAAUACUUAGCGAUGUUGGGGUAACGUACAUCCACCGGAACGCAGACUUGAUUGCGGAAAGCGCCGUCGAGGGGCACAGGUUCCAAUCCACGAUGGAGGUCAGAAAAAAGAGCCGGAAGAAUACUAAGCAAGCUAGGGGGUCCACUGCGUCCAAAGCGGAAGUAGAAGAGCAGUGGCCCCCUCAACGGCGCCAUCACAAACCAAAGCCGACACCUGAAGAGAGAUUGAAGGCCCGCUUAACGUCCUUGAUUGAACUCGGCUAUAUUGCUACUGCUGAGCAUCUGUCGGCAUUUCUAGAGCGAUUCAUGCGAUGGUCGCUUGAUGACCAGCAACAAUUCUUCGCCGAACUAGAUGCGUAUCAUGCAGCCAGGAACCGCCCCUCGUAA